AGUAUUUUUUUUAAGAAAAUUUAAUUAUUGUUUUAAGUAUUUUUAUUAAUAUCACAGAUCUUUUGUAUCAUGGACGAACAACCUUUACAGGGGAGUAUUGUCACCCCUACAGUUCAACAAAUACAAACUGACCGAAUAACACAGCUGGCAGAAAAAUAUUGGGCUCCACACACUGUCGAAAAUCAUUUUGAAUUUGAACCAAAUGUGAUUGAAGAUAUUUAUAUGACUGAUAUUCGAGGUAGCAAUUUCUCAAUUAGGAGAAUUAUGGUUCUGGAAUUUAGUCAAUAUCUUGAGAACUUUUUAUGGCCAAAUUACAAGCCUGGAGCUUCAUUGGCACAUAUACUAUCAAUUGUUAUAAUGGUAAAUGAAAAAUUUAGAGAAAGAGUUCAAGUAUGGCAGGCAUUUAGAAAACAAAACGAGCAUUUUCCAGAUUUCUUUCAAAGAGUCCUUCUUGCUUGUUUGGAAGAUGAACUACUAAUAAAUUUAAAAGAACAGACAGCUGUCUUAGUAUUCCUUAAUCAUUGUUUUAAUAGCAUGGAAGAGGCUAUUUGUAGAGACCAAGUAAAAAGAUUGGUUUCUUUGUCAAUGUGGAUAUCUUUACAACCCAACAGAAGAGAAUAUGAAUUUAAGAAAAAUCCUAAAUGGAAGAAAUACUGGAGAGCCAUUCAAAGAAAAGAUAAACCCGAGCAACUUGACAAGUUAAUAUGGGAGAGGACUUUUCUGCAUAAGCUCAUGCUCAAGUUUCUUUCAGUUUUAGAUACAAUUGGUGAGCAAGGUAUUUGUCCAUCUGAAAAGGUUCAUUAUUGUGAAAGAUUUCUGGAGUUGCUCAUUGAUCUUGAAGCCUUGUUGCCGACAAGAAGAUUUUUUAAUACCGUUCUAGACGACUGUCAUUUGGUGGUCAGAUGUUCAUUAUCAGGAUUAAUCAAGAGACCAGAAGGGCACUUGUUUAGUCAGUUGCUGGAUAUGCUGAAAUUCUACACGAGAUUUGAAAUCAGCGAUGAAUCUGGAGAUCCAUUGACAGAUCACGAUAUGACGGAAAUUCAUUAUUCUAAAAUUACGUCACUACAGAAAGCAGCUUAUUCGAAAUAUCCAGAAUUAAGAGAAUUCUCAUUGGCCAAUGUAGCAAGCGUGGACACCAGAAAAGCUUUGGAAAAGCAUUUUGGACCUUUAAGUCAAGAAAAGUUAAGAUCUAUUGCUACCUAUUUGAAUUUAGUACCAAUACCAGGCGAAGAAGAGCAAUUCAAAUGGUGUCGUUUAGAUGAACAAUUCUUAAAAGAACUAUUGAUAUCUAGACAUGAACGACGAGUAUCUCAGUUAGAAGCCCUCAACGAAAUGCCUUUGUAUCCUACAGAGACCAUUAUAUGGGACGAAAAUAUCGUACCUACGGCCUACUUUUCCGGGGAAGGCUGCUUGGCUUUGCCAAAACUCAAUUUGCAAUUUCUUACACUGCACGAUUACCUUUUAAGGAAUUUUAAUUUAUUCAGGCUGGAAUCGACGUAUGAAAUAAGACAAGACAUCGAAGAUGCAGUCAGUCGUCUUUGCCCUUGGAAAGCAGAAGAUGAAAGCACAUACUGGGGCGGAUGGGCUCGCAUGGCACAGCCCAUUGAACAUUUUGCUGUAGUUGAAGUGGCCAAACCAAAUAUAGGUGAAAAAAGACCUAGCAGAGUCAGAGCUGAUGUUACCGUGAAUUUAGCUGUCAAAUAUGACGUUAAAGUCGAGUGGGAGAACCUGAGGAAACACGAUGUUUGUUUCCUUAUUACCGUUAAACCACCUAAUCCAAUAGGUACAAAAUAUGACUAUAAAGAACCCUUUAUUCCUCAAGUGGGUCUUCAAGCUAUUAGAGGUUGUGAAAUCGAAGGUAUGCUAGACAGUAAUGGGAGAGUUAUUGAAGAUGGUCCCGAUCCAAAACCAGUAUUACCAGGCGACAGAAGAACUUACAGAGUUUGGUUAGAUUGCAACCAAUAUAGGGACGAUAUGAGCGAAGCGAACAAAGGCAAAGAAGAUGUUUAUGAAGGCUUCAACAUUAUAAUGAGACGAAAACCUAAAGAAAACAACUUUAAAGCCGUACUAGAGACCAUAAGGGAGCUAAUGAACACCGAAUGUGUAGUCCCAGAAUGGUUGCACGACAUUAUUUUGGGAUAUGGCGAUCCUAGUGCUGCUCACUAUGAGAAAAUGCCCAAUCAGAUCUCGACACUCGACUAUAACGACACUUUUAUUGAUUCUGAUCAUCUGAGAUCCUGUUUUCCUGAUUAUCAAAUCAAAUUUAAAACAGACGAUCCUAAGAAACUGGUGAGACCGUUUAAGUUGACCUUUGAAGACUUGGGCCAAGAGGAAGACGCAGAAAAAAAGAAAGUUAUUAUUGUGGAGCCUCACGUUAUUCCUAGAAGAGGACCUUUUCAUUUUAAUGAACCAAAAAAAAAUAUUAUUCCAUUCACUCCCACUCAAGUUGAGGCGAUUAAAUCAGGUAUGCAACCGGGUUUAACACUGGUUGUCGGUCCUCCAGGAACUGGGAAAACUGAUGUUGCUGUCCAGAUCAUCUCGAAUCUAUACCACAACUUCCCUCAUCAACGAACUCUGAUUGUCACUCAUUCCAAUCAAGCUCUAAAUCAACUUUUCGACAAAAUCGUGGCAUUGGACAUCGACGAAAGACACUUACUUCGUUUGGGUCAUGGUGAAGAAGCUUUGGAGACUGAAAAGGAUUUUAGUAGAUAUGGUAGAGUGAACUACGUCCUGGCCAAACGUAUAGAUCUGCUCAAUGAAGUACAAAAACUUCAAGAAUCGCUCAAAGUCGAAGGCGAUCAAGCUUACACCUGCGAGACAGCGGGAUAUUUCUACUUGUAUCAAAUUUUAUCAAGAUGGGAACAUUUUCUAAGCGUGGUGAAGCCAAAAUCCGGAAAACCCGUAGCUAUAGAAACGAUAUCUCAGGAAUUUCCUUUUCACACAUUUUUUGAUAACGCUCCGCAACCAUUAUUUAAGGGAGAGUACUUUGAAGCAGACUUAGAAGUAGCGGAAAGUUGCUUUAGAUACAUUGAGCAUAUUUUCAAGGAACUUGAAGAAUUUAGAGCUUUUGAGCUCUUAAGGUCCGGCUUAGAUAGGUCUAAGUACCUUCUUGUUAAAGAAGCUAAAAUUAUUGCAAUGACGUGUACACACGCUGCUUUGAAGAGGAAGGAAUUGGUUGAAAUAGGAUUUAAAUACGAUAAUAUCCUCAUGGAAGAAUCUGCUCAAAUUCUGGAAAUCGAAACUUUUAUUCCACUUUUAUUACAAAAUCCUCAAGACGGUUACAAUAGACUGAAAAGGUGGAUCAUGAUUGGUGAUCAUCACCAGUUGCCACCUGUCAUAAAGAACAUGGCGUUCCAAAAAUACUCCAACAUGGAACAAAGCUUAUUCACAAGACUAGUAAGGUUGGGUGUGCCUACAGUUGACUUGGACGGCCAAGGACGUGCCAGAUCAAGCAUAUGCAACCUAUAUAAAUGGAGAUACAAGCAUUUAGGAAAUCUAAAACAUGUUGAAACGUGGCCUGAGUACCAAAGAGCGAAUGCCGGCUUCGAGUUUGACUUUCAGCUGAUCGACGUUCAGGAUUUCAAUGGCGUGGGCGAAUCCGAACCUAACCCUUAUUUUUACCAAAAUUUGGCAGAAGCGGAGUACUGCGUGGCUGUAUUUAUGUUUAUGAGACUGAUCGGGUAUCCUGCUAGUAAAAUCACUAUAUUAUCUACUUAUAAUGGACAAAAACAUCUGAUAAGGGACGUGAUAAACGCUCGGUGCGCAAAUAACCCUCUGAUUGGACGACCCCAUAAAGUGACUACUGUUGAUAAAUAUCAAGGACAGCAAAAUGACUAUAUUUUAUUGUCUUUGGUAAAAACUAAAGCGGUUGGUCAUAUAAGAGACGUUAGACGUUUAGUUGUAGCUAUGUCUCGUGCUAGACUGGGGUUAUAUAUCUUUGCCAGAGUAUCUCUUUUCCAAAACUGUUUUGAAUUAACACCAGCAUUUGAACAGUUAUUGAAACGAACGACUAAGCUACACCUUAUUUUGAAUGAGCUUUAUCCCACCCAGCGAUACAAUAAUCAGAAACCCAACGCGCAACGUAUGGUAGUCGAAGAUAUGACACAUAUGGCUAAUUUUGUGUACCAGUAUUACAUUGAAAGAGUAAAAGCUUUAAAAGUGCAUUAUGAACAAACACAAAAACAGUGGGACAAACCAGGUGACAUUGAGGCAAAAUCACAUGAGGGUCUAAUAGCUUCUCAUCCUGGUGAAGACAGAGAUACAGAUAGUGAGGAUGAAAGUGAGAAUGGGCAAAUGCCUGUUCCAAUACAAGAUGAACCUGUGGAAGAAGAGGCACAGGUUCAACAGGUUGAACCGCAAGCUGAACCUGAAGACGUCCCAGUAAUAGAGGAACAAGAUGAAGAUAUGGAAGACAAUACAAACAGGGAAGAAACAAUGGAUACUGGUGAAGUUGCAAAUGAUGAAUGAUUUUAAUGUGUACUUUAAUAUUUAAGAUAUUUUUUAAGAGUAAAAUAAAAAGCUUUUAAUU